GCUCGGUUGCACAGCUGCAUCAAGUAUUUUCAAAGAGUCCUUAACUAAGAAUCUUACCUCAAAUUGCUCAGGGUCAGCGAAAGAGUGACAUCUUACAUCAUUCACGUUCUUAGUUCGGCAAUGGUAUGAUGUUUAGAAUUCCAAGUUCUCUCGCACUUAUCAAGGAGUGUCUAUUUUCCUGUGGUAAUUCUUUGCAAAUCUCUUCUAAAAGAUGUUUAUCCACCCCAACAUGGAGUUAUGUAAAGCCUGGGAAAGUGAGCGAAAGACUGACGGUGCCAUCUUACAUACCGUUGCCACCUUAUGCAUUAACGGGUGAAGUUCCAGAUUUGAGAUUUCUGAACCCACCAAUCCGGCAUGCAGAAGUGAAGAAUGAGGGUCAAAUAGGUUUAAUGAGACGUAGUUGUAGGCUAGCUCGUUUUGUCCUAGAUUCUAUUGAAGAAAUCAUUAGAGUAGGAAUAACAACAGAUGAACUUGACAAAUUUGCUCAUGAGCUAAUAACAGAUAAUGCAGCUUAUCCCUCGCCCCUUAAUUACAGAGGGUUUCCUAAGUCUAUUUGUACGUCUGUGAAUAAUGUUGCCUGCCAUGGUAUUCCUGAUGAUCGACCUCUCGCUGAUGGAGAUAUUAUUAAUGUAGAUGUGACCGUCUAUCUCUCUGGAUUUCAUGGAGAUUGCUCGAAGACUUUUCUUGUUGGGAAUGUGGACGAGGCAGGAAAGAAGCUAGUUAAAGUAGCAGAAGAAGCUAUGAUGGCUGGUAUUGAAGUCUGCAAACCAGGAGAACACUUUUAUAGAAUUGGCAAAGAAGUAUCUGACUAUGCGUCGGAUCAUGGCUACACGUCGAUAGGAGUCUUUGCCGGGCAUGGCAUCGGAACAUAUUUUCACGGACCGCCAGACAUUUUUCACAUUUACAACCGCAACACUGCCAAAAUGGAGCCUGGUAUGACUUUCACGGUUGAGCCCAUACUCAGUGAAGGGCAGGCAAACGUCAUAAUCCUAAAUGAUGAAUGGACAGCAAUAACUGAAGAUGGAUCCAGAACAGCUCAGUUUGAAAAUACUAUCCUAAUCACGGAGGAAGGUUAUGAGAUCCUGACAAAGCCUUAUCCAAAGAGAUGAGGCUUUGAUUAUCAAGCUCAUGGCUAAAGGAGUGAAGUUGUUUUGUGUCCAGAUGUUACCGCUUUAACUUUCUCUACCGUAUUACUCGAGACAAUGAACAUUUCAACCACCAAUGAAGAAGUAACCCUUUCGAAAGGAGUAUCGAAUGUCUGAUAAUCAAGUCUCUGAACAAUUUAAUUCGUCCAGUAAAGUGUAGUCUUGACCGUAUGAUACAAAAUGUAAAUAUGAACUGUAAUAAUUUUUUGCCAUAGAGAGACCUCGUUCUUCAAGAAAGGAAAUGAUUUUUAUCAGGGCUUUUGUCUGAUGUGUGGGGUGGGCCCAAUUGUGGGUCCCCUCUUCUCAAAUCACAGGAAUUUUUGUAAUGGAGCCUUAUUACUUGUAAUUUUCAGGAAUUCCGCAUUUUUGGACUGCCAUAAAAAAUGCCUGACAAUGUAACCGCCAUGUAUAAUAAUAACUUAAUUCAGGAAAAGCUGCUACAUAGUAUAAAAGAUUAAUUAUGAAAAAAUGAGUGAUGAAACUGGGAUGUUUUGUUGUAUUUACAACCUUAUUUUCCACCUGCUUGGAAAUUUCUGGUCGAAAAUUAGUUCUUUUUUUUCUUCUAUCUCUUCAUUGAAAGCGCAGAAAGCGCCCAAUUGGAAGGUAAGAGGAAAAAAUUGAGGCAGAAAUGUUAAGGUACUCACUGCCUAAGGUUUAAUAAGGGACAAUGGUUGUUAGGUGUCGAAGAGCGGUAAAGGGGGCAAUGAAGCAAAAUGUAUGUAUGAACACUUUAUAUUUUGCAGCAGCUUUCCUUUGAAUUAAGUUGUUACUUGACUGUACUCUGAGGCAGAUUAAGUUGUUCUUUCUACUGAAAUGUACCACAUGUACUAUCCUCAAGUAUUAAAAAAAACCUCAGAAAAUUCUGUUGCAAAAAUAAAAUCUUAGGAGACGAUGAAACUGCAGGAACGCGUAUCUUAGUUUCGGACAUUGCAGACUUCCUGUCUUACUUUAAUUUUUAAAUGAAGAACUUAACUCAACCUUAUCCCUUGAAAAUUUACCUAAUGCCUCUUCGAUCUGAGCGAAGAAAUUUUUUUGAUAUUGUCAAGCAAGUAUUGGUUUGUUUUCCAUGGAUGAAGUAAGAUUGAAGUGGAGCUUUUCGAACACAGUGAACUGUAUAUAUUUGUUCCUGAAGUUUCGCCCUUGAUUUGUGAGCACACAGUGCUAAUUUCAGUGCUUGUAAAUUCCCUGCACUAAAAUUAAAUUGAUGCCGAGUUUUUAAUAGUUUCUUCUCUAGAAUGCCUCUAGCAGGCAUUUUGUUGAUAGGAACACCGUAAGAAAUUGGCCAAAAAUAACCGAGAAACCCCUCACUCAUGAGCUGACAAAUGUUUAACUCCCUAACCAGUUUCACAUGGCAAACAUUGCUUCUGCCAACUGCCAAGACUCCACUCAUCAACUCAAUUACUAUUGUUACUGUAAAAGUAUGCACAUGAGAGGCUAAAGUCGGAAAGCGCAUACCUUAGAUUGGGACGUCGUGAGUCUCUGCUGUAUUUUUUCAAAAGUAAACCAAUCAACAGUUUCAUUGAAAUUUUCUGUAAAUUUUUUUCACUCAUUCUAUGAAAAUCACACAGAAUUACAAGAGAAUAUGUUAAUUAGGUUUCCUUGAAGAAAGUAAAACAUACCCAGACAUUUUUAAUUGCUGCAAUUCAGAUAUGCAUUUUUCAUUUACCCAUUGAUAUGCUGAGAAGUCUGAAAGAAACUUUACUUUUUAACUUUUGAGUUGCUCUCUACAAAUUUUACUGAAACUUGGUGUGUCCUAGUCAUCAAAUCGAACUCAUACUGUUACUGUCCUAGAAGUGAGAAAUUAAAUCUAGACAGAUUUACGAAAGUAGAUUUCCAGUAUGCAACUUCUGCAAUUUCGAAGAUGCUGUUUACAAAAAAUUGAUUUGCCGCUUGCGAAAACGCCCGAUGUCCAA